CAUGUUACUUUAGGCUACUUUUAGUGAUUUUCACGUUUUUUAUAUUAUUUUGGGCUGAACAUUCAUUUAUUUAAGGCCCAAUUCGUGGUUAUUAUGAUUAGGGCUUAGGGUGUUAGUUUCCUAUUCUGAUUAGAAUUACUUUUCCCUAUUUAAAGGGGCUUGUAACCCUAACUGAGGGAGGUGAUUGAAUCUGAGAUUUUGAGAGACUUUUCUCUUUGGUUCUCGAAGAUGACACACUUCAUUCCAUGUCAUAAAACUGACAAUGCAACCAAUAUUGCGGAUCUAUUCUUCAAGGAUGUUGUUCGUUUACAUGGCAUUCCAAGGACUAUCGUUUCUGAUCGCGAUGUCAAGUUCGAGUUACUUUUGGAAGACAUUGUGGGGAAAGCUGGGAACUAAGCUACUGUUUUCGACUACUUGUCAUCCAUAAACUGAUGGACAAACAGAAGUGGUUAAUAGGACGUUGUCAACCUUAUUGCAUUCUAUUAUUUAGAAGAACUUGAAGAACCGGGAAGAGUGUUUGCCGCACAUUGAAUUUGCUUAUAAUCGGAGCGUCCAUUCGGCAACUAACUGUUCGCCAUUUGAAGUUGUGUAUGGUUUUAAUCCACUCACUCCUUUAGAUUUAUUGCCUUUACCUAUUGACGAACAAGAUAGUUUGGAUGGGAAAAAGAAAGCUGAAGUGGUUAA